UUGCUACUUUUCUGUGUUGUGCUGUUGUGAAUUUUCCCGCUCAGCUAACCUGUUUAAUAAAUAUUUAUGUGAUUUAUAUGAGAAACCGUACACAAAAUGUCUAAAAAGGAUUAUAAUAAUUUGAUAAAGGUCCUAGAGGAUAUGAACAAGUGUUUAUUUUGUGUAGAGUGCCAUAAAUUUUGUAAGAACCCGGUGACGUUAAGCAAAUGUUUUCAUCUAAUAUGUUCUGAGCAUCUCCAGGAUUUAUCAAACUGUCCCAAGUGUAAAGUGUCUCUAAAUGAUUGUACAACAUGGUCGGACGAUAAACUGAACGAUGCAGUUGACGCUGCGAAGAACUUGUCAGCAAUGUUCGAACUUUCGAAGGAAAAUAAGUUUUGCGAUUCUGUUGAACAAUGUCCAGUCAAUACCGCCAUAUCCUUGCCAGACACACCUCUGUCUAAUGUAGAAGCUCAGAAAAAGACCCCCGCUGCCGAACAGAAUAUCUUAAAUAAUUCAACAAUAUCUUUAGCUUCCAAUGUAUCCAAGUCAGGCAAAACGGUAGAGAAAAGAAACAACAAAGGUGAGACAGCAUUACACAUCGCCUGUAGAACGGGCAAAGCUGAUAGAGUAGCCCAACUGUUAAGCGAAGGGGCAAGUACCAAUACUAAAGAUAAUGCGGGCUGGACUCCACUGCAUGAGGUGGUGCAGAACGGACGGCAGGACUUGCUUAAGCUUUUAUUGCGACACAAUACACUCGUCAAUGUCCCAGGGCAGGGCAAUGAGACUCCCUUACAUGAAGCCAUUCGGUACAACCACAUAGACAUCGCUAAAGACCUGGUUGCUUAUGGAGCUGAUAUUAAUGCCAGAAACUGCAAGGGAGAGACACCACUAACCCUCGCUACUCAUACAAUAAAAGCAAAACUUAAAGAUAUUGCUGAAAAAAGAUUUAUUACAGAAGACAGUUUGGAUUUAGAUCUUAUCCAGAGGCAGAUAGAGCUGGACCGUGAAGAUAUUAGGGUUUAUUGUGUGUCACAAUCUCGAGCCAUCACCAACAAGCUGAAAGCUUUAACAAAGCAUCACAUCAACCUCCAUAUUGAACAGAAAUUCAGUAAGAAAGUAACACAUCUCAUAGUUGAUGCUGAAGAUGGCAUCUGUGACUCCAGCCUUGAAGUCCUACAAGGCAUUGUCAACAACCUAUGGAUUUUAACUACAAAAUGGGUCACUACAUCUACUAAUGAUAACUUAGCAUCCUUCGAAGAGUAUGAAGUGCACGGUGUCGGUACAACUACUUACAGAGGCCCCAAAAAUGCACGGUACAAUAAAUAUAAGCAACUGCCUGGAAUUUUCAAUGGCUGUCACUUUUACUUCCACAGCUUCAAUACAAAAUAUAAGAUUUCAGAUAAAAUAGAAGUUACCAAAGCUAUUUUAAGUAAGCUGGUUACGGAUGCAGGAGGAGUAGCCCUCAGACGGGCUCCGAACCCAGAGUCUAUACCCGAAGCGGAGAAGCUGGUCCCAUAUCAUGCACAGCAAGGUAGCAAGCUGUACAACUGUUCACAUUACAUAAUAUACAAGGACAUGUAUGAGCCACUCUACAACAUGGUGCAUCUGAAGGCGCUGCCCAUCGGCUGGCUCAUUGAGUGCAUUGAGAAAUACCAGCUCUGUGAACCUUGGUGAAAGUUGGGCAUAAGAAUCACUAUGUAUUGUAUUAGUUCGUUAUUUUCUGUUGAAAAAUCACAACACUCAUGAUUAUGUUAUUUUUUCUUCCAUUAAGUAUGAGUUCAUUAAUAUUAUUAAAUACUUUAAAGAA